AUGGAUCACAAUGAGUUGGUAAUCUCGAUUAUUUCGCUCAGCGGAGAUCGUGUCAUUAAGUUCAGGGCGGACGGUCGAUCGUCCUACACAGUUCAAUCGAUUCAUCAAGAGCUACAAAAACGCCUCGGAUUACAAGUCUAUCGACAAGCCCUCCUGCAACAUGACAAGGUUCUGGAGUCUGACACAGAAAUCUCAGAGCUGGCAAAGGAUCAGGAUGAGCUGGAACUUACGCUUGUCGUGCGAAAUGUUUCACUGGUGGUGACGGCAUCUGCGGAUUGCUCUGCGAAGGUGUGGAACUGGCUUGAUGGUGAAUGUGUCCAAACAUUGUCAGGUCAUGGAAGUGAUGUUCACAAAGUGAAGUUCUCUUCGGAUGGCACUUGGGUGGUUACAGUGUCCUUUGAUUCACUGGCCCGGCUGUGGAAACUCUCAACUGGACAAUGCGUUCACGUCCUGCGGGGUCACACCAGCGAUUUGAACUCGGUGUCGUUUUCGCCGGACUCCCACAUGCUCGUGACCUCAUCGGACGAUCACACCGCCCGUCUCUGGGACGUCCAGCACGGCGAUUGCUUAGAGGUCCUGAUGGGUCACAGUGCAGUGGUGAAUUCGGCCUUAUUCUCUUGGGAUGGCGCUUUGAUUUUGACCAGCUCCUUCGAUGGUGACGCCCGCAUUUGGAGUGCCUUCAAUGGCCAGUGCUAUCGGACCCUCUCCUGCGGUGGGUCUGGAAGUAUGCCUUUGGAGUUUGCCGUCUUUUCGCCGGACGCGGCCUUUGUAGUGACUGUUGCUCGAGAUGGGCUGGUGCAAUCUUGGGACGCGGCGGCAGGCGUGUGCUCACAGACCUUAGUGGAUGAGGGGCACCUGGUGAAUUGCGCCAGCUAUUCGCCAGAUGGUGCUUUCGUUUUGGCAGCAUUUCUGGACUGUGCUGCCAGAAUUUGGAGCUUACAUAAAGGUGAGAGAAUUCACAUCCUGAAUGGGCACCGGAACCUCAUUCGUUGCGCCAACUUUUCGCCCGACGCAGCCUAUGUGGCCACCGGCGCCUUUGAUGGCGUGGCAAAGGUGUGGAGUGUCUUGCGAGGCGAAUGCCUACACACCUUCUGUGGACAUGACGCUUUGGUGAAUACCGUGGCCUUCUCGGAGGAUUGCUCACAAUUAUUGACCUCUUCGCAGGAUUCCACCGCAAGGGUUUGGAACAUUUCGGACGGUCAAUGCCACGUGGUUCUACGCGGUCACAAAGCAGCUCUCCAUUCAGCCGUUUUCUCCGCUGGAUGA